AUGAAAUGCCUGCUCCUGACGGUCACACUGUUUGGCCUGUUGGCUAUUCUACAGGCCCAGGACGACCUGCCCUUCCUCUCAGAUGAAAAUAAACUCUCAGGUGUCUGGUUCCUAAAGGCCACAGUGAGUCAAAGGAGACGGACAGAGGGGCAAACUGCGGCUGCGUUCCCUCACAGAUUCACAUGCCCUGAAGAAGGAAUCUUGGAGCUCAGGAACACUUUCAUGUCUGAGGGACAGUGUAUUAAGACACUACUUCGUAUGCAGAGAACAAAGGAGCCUGGUCAAUAUAGUACCUUUUUUGGUCAUAACCUCUUCUACAUCUACGAGCUGCCAGUAAAGGACCACUACAUCAUUUACAUGGAAGGAGUUCUAUUUGAGAAAAAAUUCCAAGAAGGAUACCUCAUAGGAAAGUGUCCAGAAGAAAACCUGGAGGCCUUGGAAGAAUUUAAGGAAUUCAUACAACGCAAAGGACUUCUUCAAGAAAACAUCAUUGUUCCUGAACAGAGGGAACGCUGUGUUCCCAUACAUGAUAGUGCCCACCAGGACCACAAAUGCUGA